AUGUCUCCCGGUCGGAUCCUCGAACAGGACGCGUACGAUUUCAUAGUCUGUGGCGGAGGCACAGCAGGUUGUGUCGUGGCAGGCAGGCUCGCCGAGGACAGCAAUUCUCGCAUUCUCCUUGUCGAGGCUGGUCCUCACAAUAAGGAUCUCGAGAAUGUCCACAUGGUUGGUGGGUGGUCGAAAUGCUUCGACGGCGAACUGGACUGGAAUCUCGUCACGCCUCCGAUGAAAGGUAUCGACGGGAGACAAGUGAAGCUCAGUCGAGGGAAGUUCCUGGGCGGAUCCAGUGGUGUCAACGGCACGUUGUGCGUGAGAGGCAGCAAGCAGGACUAUGACGACUGGCAUCUUCCAGGAUGGUCUGGUGAAGAAUUCUUCGAGUACAUGCGGAAGGCCGAGACAUUCCACAACAAGCCAUGGUUCAGGGCAGACGAAAAGGCACACGGCUACGAUGGACCACUGCACACCGAGCCGCACGAUCUUGCGCCCAUUUCGGAAUUGUUGUUGAAGAGUAUGGAAGAUAAAGGUCUCCCUUUUGUGGCUGACAUGUUCAGCAAUGGCGAGACCGCACAUGGCAGUGGCCAUGCUGUUCGGACUGUGCACAAAGGCAUCAGAUGCACGGGUGCUGACUUCGUGACCAACGACUACCAUAGACACAACAUCGAUCUGGUCGUUGAGACUGUCGUCGACAAAAUCAACUUUGAAGAGAGAGACGGCCAGUUACAGGCCGUCAGCGUCGUGCUCAUUGACAAGACCGGCGAGAAGAAAACAGUAAAGGCCCGGAAGGAGAUUAUUGUCUCGGGAGGGGCAUAUUGUUCUCCUGCUGUUCUCCUCCGAUCCGGGAUCGGUCCAAAAGCGGAGCUGGAGCAGUUGGGACUCAAGUGUCUUGUAGAUGCACCGGGAGUGGGAAAGAACUUACUGGAUCACCUGAUUGUCUUUGCGUUUUACGAGGUUACCAAGGAAGGCCUGACAAACGACCAUCUUGUGUACCACGGCGACGCUGCGAUGGCCGCGUAUAUGCUGUACAAGGAGAAGAAGGAAGGCAUUCUCUCCACAUUCCCCUUUGGCGCGUUCGCCUUUGCAAGACUCGAUGAGCGUCUAAAGGACGACCCAUUGUGGCAGGAGGCCAAGAGGGAAGCCGGCCGUGAUCCGAUGGGCUUGACCCCGAAGCAGCCAAAUAUCGAGUUUUUCACCACGGAGCUGUAUGGAGGACCCAAGCAAUACGAUAAAUAUCCCAUCGAUAAGAAGCAUGCCUUUGCAGUGAUCACGGAGCUGUUUUCACCGCGCUCCAAAGGCACAGUAACGUUGAAAUCCGCAGACCCGCUAGAGAACCCUGUUGUGGACUGCAAUUAUCUCUCUGAUCCUCUCGACCUGCUUGUCCUCACCGAAGGCUGCAGGCUCGGAAACGAGAUUGCUAUGAAUGUGAACAAAAUCGCCGGGGAAGAGGUUGUAAAGGGAUCAUGGCCAUCUGAUUUGACACACCAUGCGUACACCAAGCGCGAAGACUGGAUCCCUUACGUCAAGCAGGAGGCCACCACCUGCUAUCAUGCUGCGGGGACUUGUAAGAUGGGCCGGGCGGACGAUGAGAUGGCUGUCCUGGAUGAGCACCUUCUCGUCCGUGGUACCAAAGGCCUCAGCGUGGCUGAUACUAGCAUUAUGCCUACGUUGCAUGGUGGCCACACCCAAAUGCCAGCGUAA